CGGAAGUGGCUUGUCAACUCGAUGUCCUGGGCGCGGCUAGAGUGUCCUCCUCCCCCCAAUGCGCAGUGGGCCUGCGGAGGAGCGCCGGCGUGGAGGGGGGCGGGGUCCGACGUCAGCGGCCAAGAUGGCGGCGGCGGUGCUGGGAGUCUCCUUGAGGCGCAGCGGCCCGGCCGUGACCCUCCGCGGCGGAGCGGCCGGGGUCUGCCUGCGGAGAAAAGAGCUGAGAAAGCAGAUGUCGCUUUAAGAAAAGCCAACCUGGGAACAAAUUCCAAAACCUGGAUUCCCUUUUCCAUGUGUACGGCCAUCCGUGGGGCUCAGAGCCAGGCAGCGGCAGCUCCUCGCAUUAAGAAAUUUGCCAUCUACAGAUGGGACCCCGACAAGCCCGGAGACAAACCUCGCAUGCAGAACUAUGAGAUAGACCUGAACAAGUGUGGGCCCAUGGUGUUGGAUGCGCUGAUCAAGAUAAAAAAUGAAAUGGACGCCACUCUGACUUUCCGGAGAUCAUGCAGAGAAGGAAUCUGUGGCUCUUGUGCAAUGAACAUCAAUGGGGGCAACACCCUGGCUUGCACCAGAAGAAUCGACCCCGACAUCAACAAAGUCUCUAAAAUCUACCCUCUGCCCCACAUGUACGUGGUGAAGGAUCUGGUUCCUGAUUUAAGUAACUUCUAUGCCCAGUACAAAUCCAUUGAGCCAUACUUAAAGAAGAAAGAUGAAUCCCAGGAGGGUAAACAACAGUAUCUGCAGUCCAUAGAAGAUCGUGAGAAACUGGACGGGCUCUAUGAGUGCAUCCUGUGUGCCUGCUGCAGCACCAGCUGCCCCAGCUACUGGUGGAAUGGAGACAAAUACUUGGGACCCGCCGUCCUCAUGCAGGCGUAUCGCUGGAUGAUCGACUCCAGAGACGAAUUCACAGAGGAGCGUCUGGCCCAGCUGCAGGACCCAUUUUCCCUGUAUCGCUGCCACACCAUCAUGAACUGCACGCGGACCUGCCCCAAGGGGCUGAACCCAGGAAAAGCAAUUGCUGAAAUCAAGAAAAUGAUGGCAACUUACAAGGAGAAAGCUUCAGCUUAACCGUCUCCUCUUGCAACCGGGAAUCAUAACACGGGCUGAAUGUAAUUUAUAUUUGAUUUAAACUCAACCUGGGAUUUGUUUUUCCAGGAAUACUGCAUGUACAAUAAAAACCUUAAAAGAUAAUAAAGAGCUUCUUACUUUAUUAACAAAAAACAA